AUGGACAGCGCAGCGCCCGCGAUCUCGCCCUCGCCGUUGGCCACUCCGCCGCACACGCCUGGCCCCCCCGCCGUUGCUCUGUGCCGCAAGGCUUCGUCGUCGGCCUUUGAGCGCCUCCCCGACGAAAUCAUCGCGCAGUACGUUUUCGAACCAACCACUGUCCACGGCCUCAUUGCUAACGCUGCCCUUGGCAGGAUCCUACGUGUCGCAGGCCCCGACAGCUUCGCCUCCCUCAUCGUCGUCAACCAGCACACCCGCCGCGUCUCCCAGCAAGCCGAUCUCUACGCGAACCAGCUCCAACGAUGCGCCUCAUAUGCCACCGCCCACGCCACUUUGGCCCAGAUCCAAGACGAGGACCUCCCCAAGCUUCGCCGUCUCUUUGCCCGCGAGGUCAAGCGCAACUUCUUCAACGCCUAUAAUAGACCCUCUGAAACGCUCGUCAAGCUCGUGUCAAACUCCAACAGCUCCUCCUCCUGCCCUGGAGGUGAGGGCAUGCAGUUCAGUGCCUCCUCCAAAGGCCAUCACCUCCUAGCCUAUAAUUCCUCUCGAAUCUAUGUCCUCGGCCUCCAGGGUGCCCAACUCCAAGUCAAGCGCGAACUCAAGAUCCAACGUCGACCCAUAUCCGCCACCAUCACCGAUGAUGCUGCGACCCUAGUAGUCCUCUCGACAGAAAUGCAGGUCGACCUCUACAAUCUCAAAAAGAGCCCACCCAAACGAAAGCAUGCCAUCAUUCUCGACAAAGCCCCUCGCACAAUUGCCGUCUCCUCUUGCGGCUCCGUCAUGGCCGCCGCCUACGAUACCGGAAUUGAAGUCUCUUCGUUACACCCCAAUGCCAUGCCCACCGAACGCCGCCAAGUGAAAUGCGAUCCUGUUGACAACCUCGCCUUCUCCUUUGACGGCACCCAGAUCCUCGGCACCACGCUACACUCGAGUCCUCCCAACACUGUCGUCUUGACAGCUCCCUACUACGACCCAAGCACCCUCGCCGACCAGGACAACCUCAGCGCCAUGUGGACAACGUCUAUUCUCUUCCCGAAUACUAGCCACGACUGUAGCCACGCCGUGCUGUUACAAAAUGGUACAGAGGAGGCUUUCUGGGCCUUUGCUUACGAUCCUAGCUUUGAGACGUUUCGCGCCAUCCGCAUUGACGACCUGCGCAAUGGCACUACCUACUUCACCGGCCCCGUCCCAAGGCCAUCGUCGCAGUCCAAGUUACUUCCCAGCGCAUUACCAGCUGCCGCCUACCAUGGCCACCUAGUCGCAGCUGGUUUCCAUGGGAGCCAAGUAUGGGUGUACGGCGUGCCCGAGGAUUUGGAUGCUGUUCCUGAAAACCACAUAGGUGUAUUCGAUGGCUUCCCCGGCCACGGCAGGAGAAGUAGUCAACACAGUAACCUCUCGCGCCAUGGAUCAUCUCGUGGCGGAGAGGAAAAUACUAGACUUCCCCAAUGGCAGCUCCUGUGUGACAAGCUGCGCAACAAUUUCAUUGGAGGUAGGAAGGUAGCUGAUCUUACUGCCAUCAGUACCGUCAAAUGGGUAGAGGGAUUUUCCACUUCGUCAGUCAAGGAUCGUUUACUGGUGACCUCGCGAGAAAUCUCUCCUGCUAGGCUAGCCACCGACGAAGAGGACAUUGACUUCGUGGAUGGUGGCCGCGUGUGUAUCCUUGACUUUGAGUACGGACCACGAAGUGGUUCGAAACGUGAAGUUGUCAUCGAGGUUGGAACAGACGACGCCGAGGUCUUACAAGAGGAGCGACGCGACAUUGAGACAGAAGUGGCCAUUGUGCGUAGACGCACCGUAGUACAGAACCGCUCCAGCCGCAAUCAGCUGUUCCGCGCUGCCACGACUGCCAGGCAGCAUCACAUGCCAACGAUACCUCCCAGACAACCAACAGAGCUUGAUGACCCCCUCGUGCCGAGGAAAGUUGGAGCGAACCCUGCCGACACAAGCGAGAGGGAUGACGAAUCUGUGCCAUCCAUGGACGACAUGGAAGCGUUGGACGCCCCGUACUCACAUGCAAGCCCUCGUUCCACAACAACCUUGCGACGUGCUGCCACUGCCGCUGCCGUGAAUCGUCGACUCAACCCACGUACUGCGGAUGGCCAGAGGGUCGUCUAUCGUCGCGCUGACGGGCGAGGCGAAAUACCGCACGAGAGCGAUGCUGAUAAUUGGGGGACUCUGCCCGCCUUCCUUCGACGGCCAGCUGUUGCACCGCUACCAUCCCCCGUGCGACCCUAUACCGCUGUUGUGCCGGCGCCAACCCAGGCAUGGCCUGGUCAAUUUUAUCCCCGGGAUGAGCAAGGUCAAAUGGACGGGAUGCCUUUGCGUCAACGAACCGCAAGCGACGAAACCACGUACAGUAGUAUGCAGCGAUUUGGGGAUAUUCCACGCCCGCUCUCGACACCAUCUGUCAUGCCGGUCGAUGCCGAAUCGAUAAUGGACGAUUUGUACACGGUUUCCCCAUCUGUCUCGCCUGAUCCAGAGCGCCAAGCCGUUGGAGUGGAGGAGUCACAAACAGAAAAUAUCUUGUCAGAUGUACGCCACUCUGAAACGGCAACCGCAAGGACCACCCCCGCCAACGUCGAAUACUCGGACGCAGUUGAACAGAUCCAAUCCCAUCGCGAGCAGACUGGCAGCCGGGCCUUUUCAGUCACCAUUCCAUCGGCACAGCUCUCUCCGGUAGACGAAGAUCACGUGCAUAACCGGAGACUUUUAAACGCGCAGACUUGGCCUCUGGUGGCCCGCAUAAAACCGCAAAAAGCGUCGCCACCUGUCCAGCACAAUAGUGCGACGUACUCGGCAUCAGCAACAGAUGCGACCAUGGCGGGAAUGGCGUCUAGUUCGCUCCCCCCGCCUCCCAGCAGUGACCAGAUCAGUCGACUGAAUAAGCGGAUAAGCAUGGGUGCUCCACGACGGCUGUCUGGCGGGAUUCUCAAUCAGUGGUCUGUCCCAGACAGCAGAGCAAGCCUCAUGGGGACACCGACGAAGCAGCACACUUAUGAACACGAGUCAACAUCCGAUGUACAGCUGGUGAACCCCGACGAGGAUCAACCGCUCAUCAUAAGCACGCCCAAAGGCGUGAGCGGGGCGUUUGAUUCCCCAGGGGAGACGGAGAUAUGGGCGCCAGUGCCUCGCCGGCCUCGACAGAACAUUCCGUUUAAUCCAGAACAACCUACCCCGCCUGUGCAAUCACUGUUUCCGGCGCUGCCAAAUAGCGACGCGAAUGGGACAAAGCAAAAGGCUCGCCACCUGCCGUCAUGGUUGUCCUCCUCGCCUGCAGCUUCGAGAUCACCGAUGCGUGUGAGCCGCAAGCCUAGCAGAGCUGAGCGGGGAGCAGCGAAGAAUAUUCUCGAUGCUAAGAAGCGGGGGUGGAGGCCCAAGUCGAGGAAAUCCCAAGAACCAGAGCCAACAGUUCUGGGUCCGGAAGACUCUGGCUGGACAGAUGUUCCUCCCCAACCAGCUCAAAAGGACCACAGGCGAUGUGUCAUCAUGUAA